AGCAUCGUCCUCCUCCAAAAGACGAAAGAGCCUGAGAAAGCAGGAGCCGAGCCAGAGCCCCUCUGCUCUCCCCAGCACAAAUUUAAUCCCAGCUGCAACUUUUCCUUCGCUGGCGGGGCUGCGCUGGGGCUCCAGUAGUGCUGGGGUGUGUUUUCCCCCUCUCUCCCCCCUCCCCUAGAUUGAUUUUAGCGGAGAGGGAGGGGGGGUGGGGAAUCCUUUUUAUUGCAGAGCCCGGCUCGCUUUGCAAGCCUUCCUCCUCCUCCUCCUCCCCUGCUUUUUGUGCCCGCCGCAGCAGGGCUGGCCAGGCCGGGGGAGGGAAGCGAUGGGAAGGGGAGGUCGCCCCCUCCUCUCCCUCUGUGUGUUUUUUUUGCAGGUGUGUCAAUUUUAAUUCUGCCCAGUAGGUGGGACUUGGUGACUUUCGCACCGUUUUUUGUUAUUUAUUUAUUUCGCCGGCUGCCUCCCCAGCCUCCCGUUGCAAUCCUCCGGAGCGGCUGGCGGGGAGCGGCGGGCGGCGGGCGCAGGCGGCCGGGCCGGCAUGCAUCCCCGCCCGCUGCCGCUGCCCCUGCCCUAGCGGGAAUUACAGCCUCUCCGAGCCAGCUGCCAGCAUGAUUUCAUCUGCUGGAGGAUUUUUGCAUCUGAUCGCUUGAGGUUUUGUCGUGUUUUUAUUUUUUUUUUUUUUCUCCCUCUGUCUUUGUUUCCUUCCCCCUUUCCCCCCCUUCCCCUCCCUCCAUCCCCCCUUUCCUCCUCCUCCUCUUUUUUAGAAACAGCAAUCGGAGAUGGAUGUCUCUCUUUGCCCUACCAAGUGCACUUUCUGGAGGGUAUUUUUGCUCUGGAGCAUUUGGGGAGACUAUCUGCUUUCGGUGCUGGCUUGCCCUGCUAAUUGUCUUUGCAGCAAGACAGACAUCAAUUGCAAGAAGCCGGAUGAUGGGAACCUCUUCCCUCUCUUGGAAGGGCAGGAUUCAGGCAGCAGCAAUGGCAACACGAGCAUCAAUAUCACGGACAUCUCAAGGAACAUCACUUCCAUACACAUAGAGAACUGGAAGAACUUGCAGACGCUGAAUGCUGUCGACAUGGAGCUGUACACGGGACUCCAGAGGCUGACAAUCAGGAACUCAGGACUACGAAACAUCCAGCCACGCGCCUUUGCCAAGAACCCUCACCUGCGCUACAUAGACCUCUCUGGGAACCGGCUCACCACUCUGUCAUGGCAACUCUUCCAGACCCUGCGACUCUUUGAACUGAGACUAGAGAGGAAUCUUUUCAACUGCAGCUGUGACAUCCGCUGGAUCCAACUCUGGCAGGAGAAGGGUGAGGCGAACCUGCAAUACCAGGAGCUCUACUGCAUGAACAUAGAUGCUGCCAUCAUCCCUUUGCAGGAGAUGAACAUCACCCAGUGCGACCUCCCUGAGAUCAGCGUGAGCCACGUGAACCUGACGGUGCGGGAAGGGGAGAAUGCUGUCAUCACCUGCAACGGCUCAGGCUCGCCACUGCCUGACGUCGACUGGACGGUGGCUGAUCUCCACUCCAUCAACACGCACCAGACCAACCUCAACUGGACCAAUGUUCAUGCCAUCAAUUUGACCUUGGUGAAUGUCACCAGUGAGGACAACGGUUUCCUGCUUACCUGCAUUGCCGAGAACGUGGUGGGGAUGAGCAAUGCCAGUGUGCUGCUCACAGUCUACUAUCCCCCUCGCAUCCUAACCCUGGAGGAGCCGGUGUUACACCUGGAGCACUGCAUUGCGUUUGCAGUGCAUGGGAACCCAGCUCCCACCCUUCACUGGCUGCACAAUGGCCAGGUCCUCCGUGAGACAGAGAUCAUCCAUAUGGAGUUUUACCAACAAGGGGAAGUGUCUGAGGGUUGCCUGCUCUUCAACAAACCCACUCACUACAACAAUGGCAACUACACGAUUGUGGCCACCAACCAGCUGGGCUCAGCCAACCAAACCAUCAAAGGACACUUCCUUGAAAAGCCCUUUCCAGAGAGUACGGACAACUUUGUCUCAAUUGGCGAUUAUGAAGUGAGUCCCACCCCACCGAUCACUGUGACCCACAAACCAGAGGAGGACACUUUUGGGGUUUCCAUAGCAGUUGGGCUGGCAGCUUUUGCUUGUGUCCUCUUGGUCGUCCUCUUUAUUAUGAUCAACAAGUAUGGCCGGCGGUCCAAGUUCGGGAUGAAAGGUCCCGUGGCAGUGAUCAGCGGAGAGGAAGAUUCAGCCAGUCCCCUCCACCACAUCAACCAUGGCAUCACGACGCCCUCAUCCCUGGAUGCUGGCCCGGACACGGUGGUGAUCGGCAUGACCCGCAUUCCUGUCAUCGAGAAUCCCCAGUACUUCCGACAAGGUCACAACUGCCACAAGCCAGACACGUAUGUCCAGCAUAUUAAGAGGAGAGACAUCGUUUUGAAGAGGGAGCUGGGAGAAGGUGCCUUUGGGAAGGUGUUCUUGGCCGAGUGUUACAACCUCAGCCCCACCAACGACAAAAUGCUGGUGGCAGUGAAGGCGCUGAAAGACCCCACGUUGGCAGCCCGCAAGGAUUUCCAGAGGGAGGCAGAGCUGCUCACCAACCUGCAGCACGAGCACAUCGUCAAGUUCUAUGGGGUGUGUGGUGACGGCGACCCCCUCAUCAUGGUCUUUGAGUACAUGAAACACGGGGACCUGAACAAGUUCCUGAGGGCACAUGGCCCAGAUGCUAUGAUCCUCGUGGAUGGGCAGCCUCGACAAGCCAAAGGGGAGCUAGGGCUAUCCCAGAUGCUCCACAUCGCUAGCCAGAUCGCCUCUGGAAUGGUGUACCUUGCCUCCCAGCACUUUGUCCAUAGAGACCUGGCCACCAGGAACUGCUUGGUCGGAGCCAACCUGCUGGUGAAGAUUGGAGACUUUGGGAUGUCAAGAGAUGUCUACAGCACUGAUUACUACAGGGAAGGGCCGCGUCCGAAGGGCCAGUUCAGCGCAGCGUGGCAGCGACAGAGACUGGCACCACCGGCAGCUGCAACAGUUGGAGGACACACCAUGCUGCCUAUCCGCUGGAUGCCUCCGGAGAGCAUCAUGUACAGGAAGUUCACAACAGAGAGUGAUGUCUGGAGCUUCGGGGUGAUCCUCUGGGAGAUCUUCACAUAUGGGAAGCAGCCAUGGUUUCAGCUCUCAAACACAGAGGUCAUUGAGUGCAUUACCCAAGGCCGAGUUUUGGAAAGGCCUCGAGUCUGCCCCAAGGAGGUUUAUGACAUCAUGUUGGGCUGCUGGCAGAGAGAACCUCAGCAACGGCUCAACAUCAAGGAGAUCUACAAGAUCCUUCAUGCUCUGGGCAAGGCCACACCAAUCUACCUGGACAUCCUUGGCUAGAAGUGGCCACUUGUCAAAAAUCCCUGCUCCUUCCUUCCACCCUUCCUUCCCUCUCCCCCUCCCAAGUCCUUUGCCCCUCAGCUCCCAAGCAAACAUCUACAUAUAAACUCAAGUGCCUGCUACACAUACAACACUGAAAAAAAAAACAAAACAAAAAGCAAACCAACAAAAAUCCCAGAAAACAACCUGUAAGGCAGUUUGGCUUAUAUAUAUUUAUAGAUAUCUCUCUAUAUAUAACUUCCACACCAAUACAGAAAGAAGCUGCUGUUACAGAAAAUUAUAAGACUUUAAAAAAAAAAAAAAAAAGAAACAAAAAAGGGAGAAAAAAGUACUUAAAAGAUAUAUAUAAUUAAAAAAAAAAAGAAAGAAAGGAGAAGGUAUCUUUCCCCGAACAAUGAAGCAGUGAAUUCUAACCCUGCUGGGAGGAUGGUUCGGGCUGCUGGGCAGGGCUCUGCAGUGGCUACAACAGCAAUGCCAUCCUGGGUAGGAGCCCCAGGAGGAAAGCCUUGCCCUGGUUGUAUGAUAUGCACUGAAUGUGUGAAAUCAGUCCUCCCCUUUCGUCCUUGCCUCCUUCCCUCCUUCCUAGCCCACAGGUGAUGGGCACAAACCCAGGGCAGUGCCCCUGGAUGAACUCUCUUUUACCAAGCCCUUUACUCCCUCCAAGUCCUUCCCCAUCCCUCUCUGCCUUCCUGCCUUUUUCCUCCCUCCAACAUUUCAGGACAAUUUUUCUAAUUUGCUGAUUCUUAAGUGUAUAGACUCAAGGCUUUCAAACACACAGUCAAAGGAUUGUGGCACCUACGGGUAAACACACACCGGGAACCAGCUGCCCUCCUGCAGACAGUGAGCCAGCCGGACCCAGACCUCCCUCCUGCCCCAUGCUGGCUGCUGCCAGGGCUGGGACAGUAGUGGGACCAAAGCAGCUGCGCGAGGGGGUUGAGGAGGGGUCCUGGAGACCUGGUCCUGAAUCAUCCCCAAUCCAUUUCAGUGUGCAAGACAGGAGUGCUGUUCGUCCAGGAUGCCCAGCACAGGCGGCAACUUUGGGAGGAACAACCCCCAUCCCCACCCCUCCUUUUGCUCCCCACCCUUCACAUUUGCUAGCAGCCAUGGGGAUGUCCCCCCUCCCUCAGCUGUCUGUACCAGGGCCAAAUUGGUCCCUGGUGUAAAUGUUCAGUGGACAGGUUUCUCCCCGCAUGGGAGAAAAGCUGCAGCGUGCAGACAGCUGGGAGCAUGCCUGCAUCCUGGCUGGGCAUGCUUAUGGGGUCAGCAUAUGCCAGUACUCUUCCUCCCCAUCCUUUUCCCUUCCCCAUCCCUGCCCCAUGCCUCAGUCCAAGCCUCAGGCAUAAGCCAGUGGGGGACAGGGAGGGGGACAAGGCUUGUGAGAUGGCUGGGAACCUACCAACACCUGCCUGCAGCCCCCUUGCCAUUCUCCUCACGUCCCCAUCCCCUGAAAGGAUUGAUGCAUCUGCCUUUGAGCUGUUGUGAAAUGCAGAGGCUGAAGAAUAGCUCCACAGGCAGCCCCGGGAGAAGGGGGGGAAGGAGGGGAAGGUGCCUUCAGGAGCAGACGGCUCAGCGGAUGGCCAGAGCAGCCAGCCUUGCAUCUCAAUGAGGAGAAAGGCCUGACAGGCAGCGACAGGGGGUGGUGGGGACAGCAAGGGAGAGACAGAAGCACCCUCCCUAUAGCCCAUCUCCCUUGAGCAGGAAAUAAUCCUGACCUGGGGAAAGGCCGAGUGAGAAGCUGAAUCCUGUGUGUCCAGACUGGGCUGAGAAUACAAAACCUUUCUGGGUCUUUUUUUCAUGUGGCUAAUGGCCGAUGAGGGGGAACCUCAGCUUGGCAGCUGCUCUCAGGAGGCAGGGAGUGGCUGCCACAGGCAUUGUAAGGGAAAUUUUGCGAAGGCAACAACCGCUGGCAUAAAAAUAGCCUGCUUGGCUGUGGUGCUUGCCUGGAAGGGAAUGCAGAUGGGGGAAGAGGAGAUGCAGAAGGGAUCUUGGCUCCUUCCCUGUGGCCAGGGUAUGCAUGGCCAGGAUGCAAGGGGGGGUGGGUGACUCUGACUGCAACCUGGUUACGGCCAGCUACUGAAAGGGGAAGAUUUUGCAUCCUUUCCUCGUCACACCUUGUAUCUUGCCAUUCUCUACUUCCCACCCAUGGCUCUGGCAUGACCUGGCUUAUGGUUUCAGCCAGGGGCAAGGGACACUGCUACAAGGAGGUUUGUGUUGGAAGCAGUGGCUGUGGGUUUAUUCUGUGCUUGUGUAAAGAGCAGUGCAAGCUUGAUGUGGGAGAUGAUGGGUGGCAGUAGCCGUGUGGGAGUAAGAAUGUAACCUUCCUCUGCGUGUUAGAGAGAUCUGGUCGAGUGGGACAGGCUCAUGCCAAUGGAGGCUGGACGGACUGAUGCUGAACAGGCAUGGACACCAAAGAUAGCAUGGUCAGGGACAAGGGUGUGGACCAGUGCCAGGAGUCUGCACACAGAAACAGCAUACCAUGCCACCUCUCAAUAGCAGGAUCUCCCUCCUUUGGGAGAGGACAUCUAGUUUUCCUCAUCUGCCUACUUAUGUCCACCUUUGGGAGUGAAAAAGAUUCAUUGGAGGAUUGCUAGCCCUGGCCUGGCUCCCUUUGUAUGCAGCCUACUUUGGCUGAAAGGACUGCAGAUUCUGUACAAGGGGAGAACAAGUUAAUGGCCCAGUGUCUCCAAAAGAAAACCCUUCCCUCAGGCUGCCUGUCUCUUUCCCCAAAUGACUUCUUGCUCUUGUGGCUCCCAGGCACUAUGCCAGAUCGCGCAAGUCCACCAUUUUGUCCACCUCUUGCUUUCAUGCUGUCAUUUAUCUUUUGGCCAAUGUGAGGGCCCUUACACUAUAAAAUCACCUACAGACAUUGUGUUCCCAUGUUUGAUGAGAUUUCCCCGUCAUCAUUCUGCACAGCAGCUACAUCCUCCUUUCCUUCCUUUCCUCCUUCCCCUCCUCCCCAGCACCACCACCCUGUUCCUUCUGUCACCCUUUUGUAUGGUCACAACAGCAAGGCAAGCUCAGAAACUGAGCAUGACACUGAGCCUUGGUGCCACAUGGUUAGAAAUAAGUGGUCUAUGAGAGGCAAGGAGAUGGGUCCCCAGAAGAUGUGAAGUGGCUGAGACAAAGUUUCAGGCUGUCUGACUGCUUUACUGUUAGCCCCACCAAAUGCAGCGACUGCCUCAGAAAAAGGUCCUUUUGUCAAACUUAAUUGUGAACAAUUGCUCAGAAGAGCAGGAUAAGCUGCAGUUCUGCGGUGUGACUUCUCCCUGGCUGCUACUGCUGCUUUAUGCCCCUUGGCCUGUUGGUGCUGGAUGGAGGUUUGUUGGGGGGGAGAAGGAGGUUGUUUUGUAUUCAGAGACAUGAUGGAAACUGCUACAUCCCUUUUUGGCAUGACAGUUUUGGAGGGGAAGAGCUAAAGCAGCUGGGCUGAAUUCCUGGUGAACAUCCUGAGACCUCAUUUCCAGAAUCACCUUCCCUGGACCAGAAGCGGAGCUGCCCAUCUGCACGGGUGAUGGUGCUUUUCACUGUAGGAAGAAGGCUCUGGGGUGGCCCUGCCACCACCCUACAGCAUGUGAGAGGAGGAGGAAGAGCAAGUUUGGGAGGAAAAUCUCACCAAGUGCCAUAAAUCUGAGUGUGGGGACUGUUUGUAGGCAAAGGGAAAUGAAUUCAUGCUCCUUCUCCAUUUCCAGGAGAGAUACUUAUUGUUGCCCUGCCUCCGCUAAGAGGAGUUAUCCCUGCUGCCUGGGAACACCUGUAGGUCUCACCCAGCUCUUGAGCAAGCCAGACCUAAUGCCCAGGCAGAUGUUCCCACCACCCAACCUCUUCCAUCUGCAUUUUUCUCAAAAGGUUUGUGAAAGGGAGCUGUGAGGAACCCUGGUCUGAGCAGUGCUGAGAAGGAGCCAUGGAGUCCUCCCUGUCACAGCUGCAUCCUGCUCUGUGAAAAUUAAAAUUGUUAGCACCAACUCAGUCACCCAAGGGUGUCACUGAAAUUAUGCUUUCUUGGACGUGAAGCUGUUAUUUUGGUGCAUGGUACCGAUGGCAAUCACAUGACAAAGCUGCAAACUAUGGACGGUAUAGGUGGCUCCAGCCUUAGGGGCUCAUCAGUGACCUGUCUUGUCUUCUCCAGCUGUUACUUUUCCUUCCACCCUAGCCUGUGAGGUUGCAAGAUGAAAACUGAAAUGUAGCUGAGGGAAGACAUGCAACAAUCUGCCAGACUGAAAGUCCACCCUGUCUCCCACAAAGCUUGGCCAUCUGGUCCUUUUAAAUGUCCCUCAAUGCAUGAAUUUUGGGGUUGAAAAAGAGCCUGGGUUGCCUCAUUUCAGGUCUGCCCUUGGGUCCACAGGCUGUUGAAUUGCAGACAGGUGACUCUGGGAAUAUGUGCUGCACAGACAAAUGUGAAAAAUCUGGAAUGCCUUUAGAGAGGCUGCUUGCUUGCGACACGUUAGCUUUGAGCUCUCUGCUUGUCCCCUGGAGUGGGUGUACAAGGUGAGAAAAUAUGUGGGGAAAUAAAAAAGCCAAGGAAAGGGAAAGGCUGGUUUUAGAAGGCAAGUGAGUAUCUUGGGUUUGGAAAUUGAGACUGGUUUCUGGAGUGUGGCACAGAAUUUUAAGUAGCACAGUGGAUACAAGCAAAAAAAAAAAACUAAAAGAAAAUAGCAACAUAUUAAAGCUCCAGGAAAAGUUAGCUAUAAUGCUGGGUAUAUUCUGGUUUAAAAAGGAGACAGAAACCAAUAAAAGCAAGGGACCAUUUAUCCAGGCAGAAAACAAAAUUUCUAGGGUUUGUGCUUCUUUGUGAUUUUUUCUUUUCUAUAAGAAAAUACAGCUAAAAAAAGGCCUGAAAAAGUUAUGUUUUUUCAGGGCCACAGACGGAAGUAUGAUACAACAUGAUCUGUUUUCUUUCAUGUGAAAGGCUCUUAUUUCCCAGAACUCAAAUGUAUGAGUUUCCCUGACGUCAGGAAAUGGGUUAAAGAAUGCAGACCUUGGUCACUGCAAGCCCAUGAAACCAGAAGUAGUUCUGAACACUGGAUCAGCAGGCAUUCAUGUGCCAAUCUGCGUGGAGAGAGUAUUUUGUUCAGCAAUGUUAACAUCUUAAGAAGUUUUGUUUAAUCUUUCUCAUUUACUCCCCUCUCCUCCCGAGAGUGUCUACAUCCUUUGCCCAACUGUACUCCCAAUGGUUAAUGUGAGUGUCUGAUUUUUUGGCAUAUCAUAUGUCCACCUUUGCUGAUCUGACCAGGAAUCAGCUAAAACACUACAACCAUGGCUCAUAUCCUAUGUUUCUGUAACAGCUGUAUGUGUGUUCUCUGGUCGUAAGGUAGUAGUGAGGAUCAGCAAGCUGAAUAAAUGGGAUCCUGGCUGUGGUGCCACACUAUAGUGGCUCUGCUGAUGGCUGGAAGGCUACAGGCAUCCACAGGGCUCCUCUGCUAUGGGACUCAGCAGGCAUGGGCAUGCUUUGACACAGCCCAAAAUGCUUAUUCUCAAUUCAGAUGCAGUGGCUUUCUGAUGAAUGGUAGGGUCAUGGAGCCAUGGCACAACAAUGCUGUCUCCGAAUGAACACCAAAGACAGAAAAAGAGAAAGUUUGCCUCUUGGCACAGCUUUCCAGGAGUAGACAAACUUGCUUAACUCUAAUGUGCCUUCCCAACCCCCACCCUGAAGCACCUCUUACAUCAGUAUGCAUUUAAUGUUUCUUUAAGUAGCUGCUAAGUCCUAAAAAUAUCUUUUCCCUUUGCUACUCUCCCUGCAAUCAGGAAUAUUAUGUUUCAAGCCUGGAGAAAGUAGGUGUAUUCAAAACAUCCGUUCUGGCUGGCAGUGUCAGAAAUGACACAGGCAGAGACGUUAGUUGCUGCUCCAGGAGGAAUGCAGGAGCAUUCCUUUCUCCUGUACCUCUAAUUCCUUUCCAGUACAUUACUGAGCCAUGAAACAGCUCCCAGAGAGAAGUGAUAGGAGUCCAAUUGCUUGCAGCUUUGAAAAACUGAACUGGAGAAAGUGAUAAGAGACCAAAGAGAAAGAAGGACACGGCUUUCUUCAGGGGCUGAGCUAAGAUAGGUUGACUUCAUUGUGAUGGCUUGAGUUUCUCACAGACCCAAUCUGACAGGUCAGACUAAAGGAAUGACCAUUGGCUCCUCCUUCCACAUUUUUAGCAUGUCUCCAAGAGGAAAAGUGGCACAACAAAUAUAACCACCACUUCCUCUCGCUUUUAGGAGUCCUCUAUGGUAACUGGUCUCCCGCUCAGCACAAGCAACUGAUCCUACAGCUGAAAACUUGAGCAGUUGUUCUGAGGGAGUGUUUAACUGCUGAACUACUGGCUUCUUAGGACAAGGUCCCAGCAGGGAAGGACUGAAAUAUCUCUAAAGAAAAUCAUAGCUCUAGGAGGCCCGAAUGCCUUCUUGCAUGCUUUCUCUCGCUCUCUGCUGGCUUCCAACCUCCUCAGUCUUUGCUCCUUGAUACUUAGGUAGCUGAGUUUCUGCAUUCACUCCCUUUUCAGAGCACAGAGAGCUGGCGAAGCUGUUUGAUUUCGAUGUGGUAGGUGAGGUAAGAUUUCUCCCCCCUGCCCUCUUCUUUUUCUUCCUGUGCGGCUCCUGUCCUUGCAGUUCUCAGGACUUGACUAGCAGAGUUUUUAAAUGAAGUGGAAGUCUUAAUGUGAGGUGAAUCCCAAGACCACAAACAGUUUGGACUUCAAACAGUGAGAAAAUUGGCGCCGAAUGAUUCCGCACACAAAGCAGAAAACUUUCAUUUCCUGCAGGCAGGAUGGAAUUGACUGUUAUAUUAAGACUUCAGAAGGAACACUGCCCCGGAGUAAUUUCACUGCUGUCAGGCAGUGUUGACAUCUAGAUUAACCUCUGUGCAGUGAAUUUUACAGCAAAGCUCAUUGUAAUGCAUGUGGGGUAUCUCCUGUAAAUCCCAGCUGAAGCCCAUAUUGUCCCACCCUUCUGCAGAGGAGAAAGGGUCGGGGAGCAGCCACUACCAUUUUUGACCCCAGCAGAGUGUGACUCUAACCUCAUCCAGGCCAGUUCUGCUGAAACUGAUUUUCUACUGUGCUAAAGUGACAGUAGCUCCAUCUGGGUUUUUUUUUUUAAUUCCCCAAAGAGGUUUAUAUCACAAAGCUGACAUUUUUUCCUAGUGACAAAGAACUCCCUUCACGUAUCCACCCAGCAACCCAGUCCUAAUUAUAAGGCACUAGUUAACCAGUGGCAAUUAGCUGCUUGCACUGAUUAACUCCAGCACAUACAAUCCCUACACACAAUGCUGUGAUCAGAUGCUAUCCAGGACUAAAUGGUAGACAAACUCCCAGCUGAUGUGAGAUGAUGGCAUCCAGUUCUACCCACCAGCCCACAGGCACACUAUUAACUCUGCCUACCACACCAAAACUGCAUGAAUUAAAGUAGUUCACAUAGUUCAUUCAGUGCAAGUCAGAGGACAUUGCAAAAGAAGUCUCUUGACUUCUGAACUGAAUGCUCCCCCUGUUAAGUUGGAAGCAGAGGCCAGACCCCAAGUCCUUUUGUCUUUUGCUGUAAGAGUAGGUCGAGCAGCAAGAUUUUCCAGGCAGGAGCAUGACAACUUCUUCACUCUUAUGUGAGUAGAGACAAUCCUGUCUGUGGUUCUCAAUAUGCAUCUCUGAGAUGCACUUCUUUGUAAAAAAAAACACCAUUAGCAACUAAAAAGAAAUGGAAGAGGAAAGGAAGGUAUUUUUUGUUUGUGUGUUUUUCCUACCCCUUCUUAUUCAUAUACUUAUUUUCAUACUCAGACAUUGCUCUGCAGUCAUCUGCAGGAGGUUCUAGGCAAGAGACAAGCUAUCAGGUGCAGAACAGAUUAGCUACUAACCCUAAGGGCAAAUCUCAACAGUACUAGAAGUCUCUUUCAGGGCCCACCCACUCUCUCACCCACAGCUUUUCAUAGGAGUUACUGUUGCAUUUGUCAAAGUCUUUGGAUAACCUAUGAAGAGAGGACAUGCCCGUAGUUCCCCCUGAUCCUCAUAGAGUUUUGUGCCCCUGGCAUUUCUGUAAUCAAGCCCAUCAGGAAGAUUGCUUCAAACUAACAUUUACUAUCCCCAAUCAGAAUACAACUGCAAAGGCUACCCAAGGUUAUAGAGAAGGUCAAGCUGUUGCUUUGGACUGGAAUUUGCUUUGGAAGGAAUUUGAUGGACCAAUUUAACCACCACAGCACAUCAAAACCUGGUGGCUUCAUUUAAAAAGUAAUCAGUAUUGUAUUUCGCUUUAGACAUCCGUGCAUUAGUGUUCUGCAAAUAUGAUUUCCUCUUUGUUUGCAUUAUUGAUGCCAUAAAAUGUCAGACACAUUAAAGAAAAAAAAAAAAGAGGCCAACCUUUGGGGUUUGGAAUGAUUCUGGCUGAAUUGCAGUUGGGUUACUUUUCUUUUUAUUUCCCAUGGCGGCGAUGCACUGUUACUCAUUCUGCUAUUGCUUUACAAAGGGUUGUCUUUAAGCAUAUUUAUUCAGCCAACCACAUUUCAGGAAACACAUAACCUUGAUAUUUUUUUCUGUUUGUGGCAGUGUGUGUGUAUGUGUGUUGGUGGGGAAGGGAGGUGGAGCUUUUUACAAGAACCCUCCCAUGUCUAGUUGCAUGUUGGCUUUGUGCAGUGCUGGUGACACCCUUCUGCUCAGAGUAGUUGGUUUGAUUUAAUCUCAAGAACUGGCUUUUGUGAUCAGGAUUUGAGGUCUUCUGGUUUUGCACUGCCCAGAAUCUCAGUCAUCUGCUUUCACCAUUCAGCAGCCAUCUGCUAUCCACUAUGGUUCCUAGAUGUCUAUGCCACAGACAUCACACAGUGCUUGAGUCUCAGGCAUGCAACAGAGGAGUUUCAGCAUCUUCCAGUCAUGGACCAAUGGCAAGUGUGUUGAUUUAACUUGGUUCCUACACUCCUCCCCACCUGAGGCAUACUGACUACUGUUCCCAAGGAAAAUACUAUCAGCUGCUCAGUGCUUUUUUCUCCCAGACCAUUAACAAGCACUCGCUUUGGCAGCUAUGUGCUUUCUGCCUCACCUCUCUUAACGAAUGCUGAUCCAUUGCUCAAUUUUCCUGUGAACCUUUUGGAAGACUAUUGUCCCUCUUAAAAUCUUAAAGUUUAAAAAAUUAUCUUCCCAAGUCUUCUGUCUUCUUGAAAGUAAAAGUGAAAAAAUAGGGUGGAAUUAUCUCCCUUAUGUAGGGAUUUUAAUGAGUUGUAAGAUUUCUUUUCAGUGUUUCCUUCCAGUGAGAGAAAGACUUGGGAGCAGGGGGAGAGGAAUACAGUGGAGCAGUGUAAGGAAGGGACUCAACUAGGACUAGCUGGACUGCAAGGUCAUCUGUUCACCUACUAGGCCCUUUCCAGCUUCAUACAUCAAGAAACCUCCAGCUUCUCAUGAGUAACUUCCUGGUCAGCUCUCUUGUUCCUACUCUAGUUCCAAGGAAUGACCUUUGGAUGACCUUCAGAUCCAUCUUGUCUUCACAGAUUCAUCUCAGGUGUAUCCAAACAGCCCAAAGAAGAGAUGGCAGGGGCUGAAUGGGUGUGCAAUUCAGUGUCUUUCUCCCCCUUUCUUAUCAGGGGCAAAGACAGUGAAAGUGACAGAACAGGAAAAUUACUUUUCCCAACAGGAGUGAUCCAGUUAUUUUUUAAACUCAGAUAUUUAAGAUGCCAGCAGCAGUACCUAUAAAUAUGCCUUGAAAUGUUGAAUGAGCACAAGGAGUCUAUUUGAUUUUGGUUUUAUGCCUGUAAUUUCUCUCACCAAGAAUUCAGCUGUUACUCAGCUCCCAGCAGGUUGUUUUGAUUGCUGGAGCGAUGGUUGGGAUUGAUUCUGGCUGUGUUCUGUUCAAGUCCAGCCUCAUUCUUAUGUAGCUAGAUUGAGACAAUAGAAAUAAUCAGCAAGGGACUGAAUUGUUGUUCCUGUGUAACUAAACUUUCUUGUGCAAUACCAGGAUAAACCUUGAAGGGGUUGAACACCCACAACUUUGUCUGAAGUCAGUAAAGGAUGUGGAUACUGAAAGGCACUGAAGAUCACUAUGAUGUUAGGAACAGAACAGCAGGAGAGAGGAAGAGAAAUACUACAAGAAAAAACCCAAAUAUGAUAUCAGAAAAGACAUUGGUUUGUUGAUAAUUCAAGCAAAUCCAUCGCAGUACAUGAGAAAAGACUCAGAAUAUUCACCCCGGCAACCAAGAACAUUGGCCAUCAGGACAGGAGCAGCUCUCUAUCCUACAAACCUCCUCCCACUUUUAAUUUCCUUUUUCUACUUCUUCCACUAAUACAGAACAAAUCCUGGUUUAUGGCUUUCUUGAAAACUGAAAUUAAGAUAAGAGACAGAUUUGGGAGACGAAGACCAGAUCCUGCUGGAUGAUACAACAGCUUUGUAGCCCAGCACCUUUUCAGUAGCAAGUGUCUGGUGUGUCCCCUUUUGGUUGGUUUUUUUGGUUUGUUUGUUUUUUUUUUUUUUUUUUUUCUUUUUUAAUACAACCCCUAUUUGAUGCAGCAGGAUAAACCGGUUCAGUCCCCAACAAUAACGAUUAAAAAAGCCCCAAGUAAGCUGGAGGCUGUAGCGGAGCGGCAGCGGCGGAGCCGCGCCCCGGCGGAUCAGCACCGCGGACAGCGCCGCCGCCCCGCGCCGCUCCCCCCCGGAGCCCUGCCCGCUCCUGGGGAGCCCCGCUCCCGGGGGAGCCCUGCCUCUGGGGGAGCCCCGCUCCCGGGGGAGCCCUGCCUCUGGGGUAGCCCUGCCUCUGGGGGAGCCCUGCCUCUGGGGGAGCCCCGCUCCCGGGGGAGCCCUGCCUCUGGGGUAGCCCUGCCUCUGGGGUAGCCCUGCCUCUGGGG